ACCAAUUUUCUCUCUGAAUUUCUCCGCCCCGUUUCAUCGACGGCAGGCAUCACCGUCCGAUCAACUGUUCACAUUCCGGCGAUCCUGCUCCGAUGAGUCUCCUUUCCGAUCAAUCAAUGGUGAAAUUCAAUUCAUUCGAUUUCAAAAUGAACGGUACAAUUCUCGUUCUUCUCUAACCCUCUCCCCCCUUCUUAGAUCCAUCCCCGUUCGAUUCAAAGGAAGGGGAAGGUAGGGGGAUUUCGUUUCUGAUUUCUUAGGGUUAAUUGAUUCCAUGCAUGCGGGUUCUUUAAGCAUCUUCAUCAAUCACCGUCACCGGAUCACGAGUUGAUCGUUGCCUAAUCCCUAGCUUUAUUAGUCAACGUCGAAAAACCUUGCCUGUUGGGUGUUGGGAAACUUAGGGUUUCAGUUCUGUUUCCACGAUGUUCAAGAAAAUCAUGAAGGGAGGGCAGAAGAAGCCCUCCAAAUCCGAUGCCAAUGAUGCCUCGUUGUUCGGGUACGGGCCUCCCGGUGCUGGCGCCAAUGUCGUCGUCAACCACGCGUCCCGGCCUGGUCCGGCCCCUCCUGGACCUAAUUCUGUUGGUCCCUUGAACCUGGCUCCGAUGCUCUCCGUGGAACCCCUUCCUGUGUUUAGGGAUGUGCCUGUGUCAGAGAGGCAAACUUUGUUUAUGAGGAAAUUGCAGAUUUGUUGCUUCCAAUUUGAUUUGUCGGAUACCUUGAAAUCUGUCCGUGAGAAGGAAAUCAAGAGGCAGACUCUGUUGGAGCUUAUAGACUUUAUACAAUCUGGGUCCGGGAAGAUUACAGAGGUGUGCCAAGAAGAGAUGAUUAAAAUGGUUGCCCUGAACGUCUUCAGGUGCCUGCCUCCUGCUUCACACGAAAAUACAGGUCAGGAGACAACUGAUCCCGAGGAGGAGGAGCCUUAUUUGGAGCCUUCUUGGCCCCAUUUGCAUCUGGUUUAUGAACUGCUAUUGAGAUAUGUGGUUUCUUCAGAUACAGACACCAAGGUUGCAAAGAGAUACAUAGAUCAUUCGUUCGUGUUGAAACUGCUCGAUUUGUUUGAUUCUGAGGAUCCUAGAGAGCGGGAGUAUUUGAAGACGAUUCUGCAUAGGAUUUAUGGGAAGUUUAUGGUUCAUCGUCCAUUUAUUAGGAAAGCCAUAAACAAUAUAUUCUAUCGGUUUAUAUAUGAGACAGAGAGGCACAGUGGUAUUGGAGAGCUUUUGGAGAUUCUUGGUAGUAUAAUUAAUGGGUUUGCUCUGCCUAUGAAGGAGGAGCAUAAGUUAUUUCUUGUUCGGGCAUUGAUACCACUGCAUAAGCCAAAACCACUUUCUUUGUAUCAUCAGCAGCUGUCUUACUGUAUCACACAGUUUGUGGAGAAGGAUUUCAAACUGGCUGAUAUAGUUAUUAGGGGAUUGUUGAAGUAUUGGCCUCUAACCAACUGCCAAAAGGAAGUUCUCUUCCUUGGAGAACUUGAGGAAGUGCUAGAAGCUACACAAUCUGCAGAGUUUCAGCGCUGCAUGAUUCCUCUCUUCAGACAGAUUGCUCGCUGCCUCAAUAGCUCUCAUUUUCAGGUUGCAGAGAGAGCACUAUUCCUGUGGAACAAUGAGCAUAUUGUAAGCUUAAUUGCCCAGAAUCGGCAAGUCAUAUUACCCAUCAUUUCUGAGGCAGUGGAGAGGAAUAUCCAGAGUCAUUGGAACCAGGUAGUUCAUGGGUUGACUGUCAACGUGCGGAAGGUGUUCAUGGAAAUGGAUGCUGAGUUGUUUGAAGAGUGUCAGAGGCAGUAUGCAGAGAAGCAGGCAAAAGCCAGGGAUGUGGAAGAGCAGCGGGAAAUGACAUGGAAAAGACUAGCAGACGUGGCUGCACAGAGAGGGUAAGAGGAGAUGUUUCCAGCGUAACAGAUUAAUCCGCACUGAAUUGGCCAGGCAUAAGAAAUGGUUGGAGGAUAGAGGAUGAUGAUAAUCCUGCGUGGCACUCCCCAUUUCGAAGUAUUCUUUCUCUUGUUUAUUUUUCAUCAAUUUUUGUCUUUAUUUUUUGCUCUCACUCUUGAUUAUUUAAGAUAUCAGGAAAGAGCAGCGUAAAAUGUAAGAUGUAUGGAAUUUGUUAGCAAUGUUCUGCAGAUUAAGAAUGACCAGCGAGGAAUGGCUUGUAUUUUUUGGUCAUUCUAUUUGUUCAUCCAACACAGAGGUAUCAUAAUUUUUUUUUUUCUUUUUGUUUUAUAGUUUGUAUUUACAGUACUUGAAAGUUGAAAUUUAUUCAUAUUCUAAUUUCCAAGUUAGAAGAAACUAUUAAAUCCACU